AUGAACUAUUUAAGUGAAAUAAAAGAAGAGGAUAUUCCUAACUUAGAGGAGAUAAAAUUAGAUUUAAAAAAUAAAGGGAUUAAAGACAAUAAAGCAAAUGAGUUAGGGUUGUAAAUUUCUAAAUGUAUUAAUCUUGAAUCACUAGUAUUAUAGCUACAAUAAAAUUUGAUAACAAAUGAAGGUCUCAAAUAACUAUUGAUGUAAUUAACGAAGCCAAAAAAAUUAAAAUAUUUAGAACUCAAUUUAAACGAAAACCCUCUUGGAGAUGAGCUUGAAAUCGUGGGAAAAGAAUUGGCAAACUUAAAAAAUAUGACAGACUUAUUUCUUUACUUGAGAGAAAGCAAGAUUUAUUAGGAAGGAGCUUAAAAUUUACUCAAAGAAUUAAAUAAUUGCAAUAAUUUAAGCUAGCUGUACUUAGAUUUAAACAAAAAUUAAUUAGGGAAUAAAGGUUUAAUUUUGAUUGGUGACGAAUUAUCUAAAUUUUAGAGUUUAUAAUCGUUUUCUUUACUUUCGUGUGAGAAUCAUAUUUAUGACGAAGGUGUGAUCAGCUUAUCAACAAGCCUGUCUAAAUGCUUAAGUUUAAGAAAAUUGACUCUAUUUUUUUAAAAAAACUACAUAGAAACAGGAGGAGUUUGCUUUUUAGCAAAUAAUAUUUCUAAACUACAAAAUCUAACUUUCUUAUAAAUUAAUAUUUCAAAAAAUUUAAUUUAUAAUAAUGCUGUUUAAGUACUAGCAAAUGAAAUUUCAAAGUUAUAGAAAAUUGUUUCAAUUUCUUUAGAUUUAUCAAAUAACUUUAUCAAAGACGUUGCAGCUCUUUAACUAGGUAGAGAAAUACAAAAAUGUAAAAACCUCAAAAACAUUCAGCUUUGCUUUUGGGAAAACCCAAUCAGUGAGAAUUGUAUAAACAACUUGUAAUAAAAAAAUAUGUCAAAGAUAAAGAAAUUAGUAGUAAAUAGCAUUCUGAUUUGA